AUGAAGCAUGUGGAAAUUGACAACUAUUUCUUUAAGGAACAUCUUGAGAAGAAAAAUGUAGAGCUUCCAUGUGUUGCAUCAAAGGAGCACCUAGUUGAUAUGUUAACAAAAUCAUUGCUCCUUCUCCGCCUGCUUCCAUCAACCAUCUUCGUUCAUCCUUCAACCAUCCUCACAUACCCUAACCAUUUGUGCCUCCUCUUACAUAAGAUUCCCAACCAUCCUUCCAUUUACAAAACCAUAAUUUCUGCAUCACGUAAGCACCAUCAUCGCUUGAUUGCACCACCAGUAUUGCUCUCGACAUCAACAGUAGCACCAGAUCCACCUCUGCCUGCCAAAUCAUGUUAG